AGAACAUUCUCCUUUGGUACUACGGACGAGAGCGAAAAGAUCGAGAGAGAGAGAGAGAGAAGAUGAACGUUGUUCAAGGUUUGAAGAGGAUCCCUCGCAUCAAAUUCCCACAGCGACAUGUCAACCCUUCAGCUUCAGAGGGAAAGACUGAUACAUUGUUCUUCUCCAAUUUGAACGUCCCAAAGACUAUGGGCGGGAAGGCAUCAUCGCAGCCAAAGCGUACACCAGUUCCAAACGAAGAAAUGGAAGCCAUUUUGUUGGGAGGCUGCCUUUGAUCAUUCAACCUAUUGACUAGAAAUGGUGGACCUCUUCUCAUCUUUACCAUUUACAGAGAAUAUACUCUUUAGUCAAGUAACUGAUAUGGUUGAUGUUUACAACAACCAAUUACACAAUAAAACAACUUUGUUGCAGUUUUAUUAACUUCUUUAAUGAAUCAUUAUUGAUUGAGUGCA